GCCCCGCCCGGCCUGCCGGCAGAACGCCACCAGCGACUGUGUCCCAGCGCUGGGAUCCGACCUGGGGAGCCCGCGGGGAGCAGUGGACCAAGUGCAUUCCCAGCGAACGAGCUGCCUAUCCCUGAACAAAGGAACAAUUCGUGCACACACCCGACUAUGCAGGCUGUAAGUCAGCAGUCCUGGUGACUUCUGUCUGUGCACAGCAGUGGUUGCGGAGAAGUCAUCCAGAAAAUGUCACCUGUUACCUCGAGUGACAUUACGUCCAGCUUGUUCAACAACCGAUGAGCGGAGGUGUCCUUGGCGCAGACUUCCGCUGGGCAGGGAAGGCAACCUUAAUGGGGUCUAAGUACCUUUGAACAUGGUGUCAAGAAGACCAGGGUUCAACUUACUGUAAUCUUGGUUCCACAAAUGCUUAGACAACACAAUGUGCGAUGAUAUAAAGAGAAAUAAGACAAGAUCUCUAUGCUUGAGGUUAUACAGUCUAACAAGAUACUGAAUAAAAAGAAUUCAAAAUGACAACAGUGACAGUGACCACAGAACUUCCCCCAAGAAAUAAGAGAGAAGAUAAUUCUGCCUUGUAUAAAUCUACUUCAGCUCACAUUAUUGAAGAAACUGAGUAUGUGAAAAAGAUUCGAACGACUCUGGAAAAGAUACGAGCUCAAAUGUUCAAAGAUGAAGUUGUAUGUAACAGUACAAAUCACAAAGUAGAGAUGGAGCACUCUAAGAACAUUCAGAAUAUCUCAGACUCAAGAACAGACCCUGCCUAUCUGGAUUUGCUCAUGGAAAAAAUGAGAGGCAAAGACCUGCAGCUCUUAGAAAUGAACAAGGAGAAUGAAGUGUUGAAAAUCAAGCUGGAAGCAUCCAGAGAAGCAGGAGCAGCGGCUCUGAGAAACGUGACUCAGAGAUUAUUUGAGAACUACCAAACACAAUCUGAAGACAUGAGGAAAAAACACGAGGACAGUAAACAUUUACUUCAGGUUAACAAGCUUGAGAAAGAACAAAAAUUGAAGCAUCAUGUUGAAAAUAUGAGUCAAGUUGCUGAAAAACUUGAAGAAAAGCAUUGUCAAAUCAUAGAGUUGGAGAAUCUUGUACAAAGAAUGGAAAAGGAGAAGAAAAUACUCCUAGAAAGAAAAUUGUCUUUGGAAGGCAAGCUGCUGCAACUCAAAUCCAAUGCUGCAUAUACUAAAAGUUGCCAGGAGAUUCAGAUGGAGAGUUCCAUCCUCCAGGAGCAGAUCAGCCAUUUGCAGUUUGUGAUUUACUCCCAGCAUCAGAACUUGCGCAGCAUCAUCCAGGAGAUUGAAGGAUUAAAAAAUAAUUUAAAGGAACAAGAUAAAAAAAUUGAAAAUCUGAAAGAAAAAGUCAACAUACUUGAAGCCCAGAAUAAAGAACUGAAAAUUAAGGUGGCACUUUGGACUGAAACUUCCAAGACAACAGUAUCAAAGGCUGUCUCUACAAGUGAAUUGAAGACUGAAGGUACUUCUCCCUAUCUGAUGUUGAUUAGGCUGCGGAAAUGAAUUGAAGAAAAUCUAAUUGAUACAUACUGGAACACAAUCUAAACUUCAAUAUUAAAACAACAGCAUGCCAGUAUUUAAAAGGAAUUUACUAUACACCAGUAGCCUCAUGGAAAGGGGACAUUCCAGAAAAUCCAACAAAUAGUUAUUGGAGGGAAAAGACACUUUCUUCAAAACUUACUAAAAAGUCAAAGAAACCAGUACUUUCCCAUGAUGGAAGAUGAAUUCUGCUUUAAACUUCAACAAACAAACAAAAAUUCUGAAUCUUGUUUUCAGAUGUUUUGCUAGAGGGACUUGAGUUAUUAGCUUUGACCUUUAUUAGUGGUUUUUAUAUGUAUAAGUAGAAGGGGAAAUAUAUAUACAUAUGUAUGAAUAAAUAACAUAUUUUGCUUUAUUUUGGAUCAUCUGAAAGGAAUAAGUUAUUUUUCAAAACAUCACGAAAUCUGGAUGAAUUACUUGUAAAAUGAUGUCAUUGUUGUUUAGUUAGUUCCUCAUUUGAAAAUUUCUCUCUUGGAGGGAGGCUCAUAAGAUUGAGAAAAAAAAUGAAACUUAGAAGGCCCAGGAAGCUCAUGAAAAUUAUAUGAUUCACAAAGCCCUUCCCCAAGGUCAUACAAGUAGGUAGUUAAAAAUUUCUUGGAGAGAAGAUAUCCCCUGUGGUGGAGGACCCUUGAAGUUUAGCAAGGAGCUCCAGGACUGCAGCUCCAUUGAGUGGUCACCAUGGUUGGUAGACAUUUCAGUGCUACAGCUGUCUUUACCCAGGAUCCUGUGACUCCAAUAAAAGUAUUGUUUUAUCAACAUA